CACAGCUCCAACAACGACGACCUAUUUCGAAUAGAACGAUCAACGGCAUCAAUUCGAGCAUUUCCAGAGCAUGCGACUGACAUUUAAUUCCCAGGGUGCCUUGACUUGAGGAGGGGUGGUUCUUCGAGAUGUUCACCUUUACUUCACUGCAAGGCGCGCAGUCUGACUCGUCCGCCUCGCAGUCUCUACUUGAGUUUGAUGGAGGGGUCAAAAUUCUCAUCGAUGUUGGCUGGGACGAGACCUUCGAUGUGUUAAAGCUGAAAGAGCUCGAGAAGCAUGUCCCAACUCUGUCUUUCAUUCUCCUUACGCAUGCGACAGUUGCUCACCUCGCAGCUUUUGCGCAUUGCUGUAAACACUUUCCAUUGUUUACACGGAUACCCAUAUAUGCAACGCUACCUGUCAUCUCUCUGGGACGGACUCUGCUGCAGGACUUGUACACCUCGACACCUCUGGCCUCGACGACUAUACCCUCCGAUGCCGUAUCUGAAACUUCAUUCUCCGCCCCUAGUCGACAGGAAUCCAACAUACUUCUUCAAUCCCCUACUUCUGAAGAAAUUGCGUCAUACUUCUCUCUCAUUAAUCCUUUGAAAUACUCGCAGCCUUGCUCAGCGACGGCAUCACCGUUUUCCCCACCUCUCAACGGCCUCGUUAUUACUGCCUACAAUGCAGGACAUACUUUGGGUGGCACAAUAUGGCAUAUUCAAAUGGGUUUGGAGUCUGUUGUUUACGCAGUCGAUUGGAACCAAGCACGCGAGAAUGUCUUGGCUGGUGCUGCUUGGCUAGGGGGCGCUGGUGCCGGUGGUGCAGAGGUGAUCGAGGCCUUGCGAAAACCAACUGCUCUUAUUUGCAGUAGCCGUGGAGGAGAACGAGUAGCACUCCCUGGUGGACGAGCGAAAAGAGAUGACCUCCUUCUCAACAUGAUAAAGUCAGCGGCCAGCAAAGGUGGUAUUGUACUGAUUCCAACAGAUUCGAGUGCCCGGGUGCUGGAGCUUGCAUACCUGCUGGAGAAUACCUGGCGGACUGAAAAUGCAGAUGAUGACAGUCCACUGAGGACCACAAAGCUGUAUCUUGCAAGCAAGAAUAUUGGAGCGACCAUGCGAUAUACCCGAAGUAUGAUUGAAUGGAUGGAUGAAUCGAUCGUGAGAGAAUUUGAGACAAACACUGGUCUGCAAUCCAAGAAUCCGGGAGAUCAGGAAGGGCCCGGGGCUGGACCGUUUUACUUCAAGCAUUUACGGUUACUCGAGAGGAGAGGGCAGAUUGAUCGAGUUCUCAACGAGACCGAUAAUCUUGGGCGUUCAGUUGGCAAAGUCAUCCUAUCAAGCGACACCUCUCUUGAAUGGGGCUUCUCCAGAGAUGUGCUUCGAAAGAUUGCCGACGACAGUCGCAAUCUUGUCAUUCUCACGGAACGUGUUGCGAAGCCCUCGAACGAAACAGUGAAAGCCGGCCUGGCAAAAACUCUAUGGUCUUGGUUGGAGGAGCAGAAGAAUGGCACAGUUUCAGAGACAACCAAAAAUGGAGAGUUGUUAGAACAGGUUCUGACAGGUGGAAGAUCACUUCAGAUUCAGGAAGCAAAGCGAGUAGCCUUGGAGGGUAAUGACUUGAGCGUUUAUCAACAAUGGCUUGCGACCCAACGUCAACUUCAAACUACCGCGCAAUUAGGUGCCUCAACCUCUCUGGAGACCUCUGCCGAUAUUGUUGAUGAUGCUUCGUCAGACUCGUCCUCAGACUCGGAUGGUUCAGAGACGGAACAACAGGGUAAGGCUCUCAACAUCUCGGCAACGAUGGGUCAAGCCAACCGAAAGAAAAUCGGCCUGAGCGAUGAAGAUCUCGGCAUAAACAUUCUCAUUCGGAAAAAAGGUGUGUACGACUUUGAUGUGCGAGGAAAGAAGGGACGCGAGAAGAUGUUUCCUAUCGCUAUCCGCCGGAAAAGGAAUGAUGACUUUGGAGAAUUGAUCCGGCCAGAAGACUUUUUGCGUGCAGAAGAACGUGACGAAGAUGGCCAAGAUGUUCGCCAGCAACCCAACAAGUACGACACAAAAGAUACAUUAGGCAAGAAGCGGAAAUGGGACGAUGUUGCGGCUCCAACUGACCAUCGUAUGUCCAACGGGAACAGUAAGAGACAGCAGACCGGCAGAGACUCGCGUGAUUCGCCUGACCUCGCGGACAUGCAGCGAGGUGUGGAAGACGACUCAUCCGACGACGAGGUUGAGGAGGAAAUUACCGGUCCUGCCAGACUUGAAUACACCACUGAAUCGCUCAGUCUCAGCGUUCGUCUUGCAUUCGUAGACUUUGCUGGAUUGCAUGACAAGCGAAGCUUACACAUGCUGAUCCCGCUCAUACAACCGCGCAAGCUAAUUUUAGUUGGUGGCAUGAAGGAAGAGACAUUAAGCCUCGCAAACGAUUGUCGGACGUUGCUUGCUGCCCAAUCUGCGGAUAACUCAGCAAUCGAUGUGUUCACUCCUGAGAUUGGUGUGACUGUUGAUGCGAGUGUUGACACUCACGCAUGGGCUGUCAAAUUGACAGAUGCUCUCGUCAGACGUCUGAUAUGGCAGAAUGUCAAGGGCUUCAGUAUUGCUACAGUUACAGCGCGUCUUGAGGCCAUGCAAGAAGAGGCACAAGGCGUCGAUGGAGAAGGAAGCAACAAGAAGCAGAAAUUACUGGAAGAUGAUCCUGAUGAGGCAUCUAAGAGUGAUGUGGUUGACGUCGUGCAGCCCCCGGAAGUCCCCAUCCUGGAUGUUCUACCUUCGAGCAUGGUGUCUGCCACAAGAUCAGUCGCCCAUCCCCUUCAAGUUGGCGAUCUUCGCCUAGCAGAUCUCAAAAAGAUAAUGCAAGCAUCUGGCCACAUAUCAGAGUUCAAGGGCGAAGGGACUUUAUUGAUCGAUGGCACAGUAAGUGUGAGAAAGACUGGGACUGGAAGGAUCGAGAUUGAGAGCAUCGAGUCGCCAUCAGGUUUCGGCACUGGCAUGCACAAGCGUAGUACUUUUUAUGCUGUCAGAAAGAAGAUUUACGAAGGGCUGGCUGUGGUGAAAUGAUUAAGGCACUUGCUGCACCGUCAUUUCCGAAUUCAGACCGUUGGCAUGUAAUAUCAUUGUAUUUAUGACCCGGGGCGACCCAAGAUGAAAUGGAAGUGAGAUGGAAAGGCUCUUGGAUCGACUCUUGAUUGUAGUGCAGACCUACUGGUCUUCAGUCCACGCACCGUUCUUCAUGUUGGCGUGUAACCAUAACUUUAUGGGCGCUAUUGUUUGCAGAUUUGGUUUCCAUUUUUCGUUGUC